UCUUCUCACGUUAUCGCCUCACAUUUCCCCCGCACACCGCUAAUGACUUUCUCGUUAAUUGCUGUCCGCCGCCCCGGUGUACGGUGCACCGGGGUCCGUAACUUGCAUCUGGUCCGUCGUGGGCGCCGGUGGGGAGAUGGUAAUGGAGGAGGGGCGUCCGGGCCCCUCAAAACCCGCCGGUGACAGGCGGCCCCAGCAGCGGGAGAAGAAGGACAAGCAGCAGGACAAGCAACAAGCCUGCGAGGGUUUCAGUAUUAGAGCCAUGAUGAAAAACAGCGUGGUAAGAGGGCCCCCACCUGCAGGAUCAGUAAAACAACGACCAGCAAAACACACAGCUUUUCGCAAGUUUUAUGAGAGAGGAGACUUUCCAAUUGCUGUUCAGCAUGAGUGUGUAGGAAACAAAAUCGCCUGGAAGGUAGAGAUAGAAAACCUGGACUAUCAUUACUUUCUGCCUUUGUUCUUUGAUGGGCUUUGUGAAACGGAAUUUCCAUAUGAGUUUUUUGCUCGCCAAGGAGUCCAUGACCUGCUGGAGCAUGGUGGAAACAAGAUUCUUCCUGUUGUUCCUCAGCUCAUUAUCCCAAUAAAAAAUGCACUGAACCUUCGUAACCGACAGGUCCUCUGCACCACACUGAAAGUCAUCCAGCACCUGGUGGUGUCAGCUGAAAUGGUGGGGGAGGCCUUGGUGCCCUAUUAUCGGCAAAUUCUCCCAGUCCUAAGCAUCUUUAAGCACAUGAAUGAGAGAACAAGAGCUGAGCCCAGCAAGACUGUCCUACAUGGCCCAGAUGCCCUCCUGCUGAUGUUCAUAUUUCAGCAUGACGUGGAAAGUGGGACCUUGGAAGAUCUUGGAAGUCAAGAAACAGAAGCUGAGCAAAUUUUCUCCAAUCUCUCUCCAUCCACCUUACACGUUACAAUGGAGUAAAUGUCGAAGUAUUCACAGAGCUGAAUGGACUGAAACAAGUAGCUGAAGCUGGAGGCAGAAAUCUGAAAGCUAAAAUUCUGCUAAUGAAGAUCUGUGAUGUAUACGCAUGUUUACCAAUGAUUAGGAAUAAAUCCAUGAGUUUCAGGA